AUGCCGGGGUCCCCUUGGGUGGGGGUUCCCGGAUUCCUGGGCCAGCAGGUCGCCAUCAAGAAGAUCCCCAACGCCUUCGACGUGGUGACCAACGCGAAGCGGACCCUGCGGGAGCUGAAGAUCCUCAAGCACUUCAAGCACGACAACAUCAUCGGCAUCAAGGACAUCCUCAAGCCAUCAAGAAGAUCCCCAACGCCUUCGACGUGCUACGUGGUGCUGGACCUGAUGGAGAGUGACCUCCACCAGAUCAUCCACUCGUCGCAGCCGCUGACGCUGGAGCACGUCCGCUACUUCCUCUACCAGCUCUUGCGAGGCCUGAAGUACAUCCACUCGGCCAACGUCCUCCACCGCGACCUGAAGCCGAGCAACCUCUUGGUGAACGAGAACUGCGAGCUGAAGAUCGGCGACUUCGGCAUGGCCCGGGGGCUGGGCGCUGACCCGUGCCACGCCAAGGCCUUCCUCACCGAGUACGUGGCCACCCGCUGGUACCGGGCGCCGGAGCUGCUGCUCUCGCUCCACCGCUACACCCGCGCGGAGCCAGGGGCCCCCGUGGCGCCCAAGCGGGAUGGCGCCAUUUCUGAUGACACCAAAGCUGCACUUAAGGCUGCUCUGCUCAAGUCGGCGAUGAGGAACAAGAGUAAAGACCUGUUCGGCACCGUAUGGAGCAACGAGGGGGCUGCAAGGGGCUAUAGGGGCUCUCGGGGACCUCGUAGCAGCCACAGGGACCCACGGGGCAGUGAGAGCGAGCCAUAG